AUGUCAACAAGUGGCGCUACGACAGCUCUAAGUGGGCAGAUCGCAUAUGGUAUGCUCCUGGAUGCGGGUUUCCCGGCAUCGACCAUUUCGACACUGCAGCCAGCGACUGCACAUCACAUCAUCUCGAAAAAGAUUUUGUUUUCUCAGUUUGAAGAUAUUCGCAAGGAACAGCAGGUCGAGCAAGCAGCCGAGAGGUUGAGCGCAGAGGUCGCAGCCGAUGGCAAAAAGAAAUCGGAGCAAGAUGCACCAUCAGCUGUGGUUGUCACCAAAAGCACGGCUGUUUUCAGUAAACAUCAUAUCGGAGCUUCACCAAAUUUACAGCGUGUAAAAAUUUAA